AAGAAUGAAAAAAAAAAACGUUUUAGAAACAGCACCGUUCGUUCUGUAAAUGAAUCAAUCUGGAUCGAACAGAAACUUAAAGAAAAUAUAAAGGAACCCUUUUGAGCAAAAAAAGCAUACAAAAACGUGUAAUAAAUGGAAUUAAAUAAAGAUAUAUUGAAGAAAAGAUUAACACCUCUUCAAUAUCAAAUAACGCAAGAAUGUGGAACUGAAAGACCAUUUUCUGGAAAAUAUAAUAAAUUCAAUAAAAAAGGGAUUUACGUUUGUGUAGUUUGUCAUCAAGAUUUAUUCAGUUCUGAGUUUAAAUAUGAAAGUUCAUGCGGUUGGCCAUCAUUUAAUGAUGUUCUGGAACAAGGAAAAGUCACCCUGCACAAAGAUACGUCUUUAGUGGGUACCAACUUAUUAUUACUGAUUACUCGGCCAGGUAUUGUAGAAUUAAUAAUAUAUAUCUAUUUUAAUGAUUUUUAAAUAAUUAUACCAAAUAAAAUUAUGCAACCUAGGUCUUAUAAGAACAGAAGUAUGCUGCAGUAAAUGCCAAGCUCAUUUAGGCCAUGUUUUUGGAGAUGGUCCUUUACCGACCAAAAAAAGAUACUGUAUAAAUAGUGCAUCAAUUGAAUUUAUCGAAUCAGAAACAAUUGCUUGUUCAGAAGAUCAAAUUAAUAAAUAAGAGAAAGUUAUCUAUAAAUAUUUUUUUAAAAAUUAGAAAACAGA